AUGAUACCUCCAAAUUAUAAUCCUAUGGGCGAUUGCCUUCAAGGAUACAGAGGGAUUCUCUGUAGAGACUGUAGCAAAGGCUAUUCAAGAGACAAUAGUUACUAAUAUUGCUUCAUAAAUUCUAGAUUUGAUGGAGAAUAGAGCAACUCAGAUUAGUAGAGAAUAUUUUUCUUCAAGCUCAUUAUAAUUGCAUUUUUUCCAUUUUUUUUGACUUUUUCUUGCUUUUUAUUCUGGUCAAUACUAAAUAAGGUUCGUAAAAACUAAUUUCGAAUUGAUACUAAAGCAACAUCAAGUUUAGUCAUUUUGCUAUUCUUGGCUCAUCCAAGUCUUGUUUAGUAUUCAUUCUAUGAUUUUAAAUGCUGA